UUGGAGUUUGCCCUGAUACAUGAGUUUGGUGCCACAUUCUCUUGUUUGCAAUGGACAGACCUGUGAUAUAUGCUGAUUUAAACUUACCCCGGGAUUCUGGCCUUAAAAGUUCAUCACCCUCGUCUCCUCCUCAGGAUAUCCGUCAGUGUCCACGUUGGCACCAAUUUGCUCUGAAACUUGGUUGUGCUGGAAUUCUUCUUCUUGCCUUGACUGUGAUUGUAUUGAGUGUCUCAGUGAUAUUCUUAGGACAAAAAUCAUCAAUAGAAAAAAGCAGUGUGGAUAUUCAAGAGAGAAGGAACGAAACAACAGAGAGACCAAACCUGUUAAACUGCCCAAUGGAUUGGCAUCUAAUUCAAGAAAAAUGCUUGUUUAUUUCUCAAAAUCCUAGCCCUUGGAAUGACAGUCUAGCUGACUGUUCCAUAAAAGAAUCCAUUUUGCUGCUUAUUCGAGAUCAGGAAGAAUUGAAACUCGUACAAAAACUGAUAGAACAUGGAGGAAUUCUAUACUGGAUUGGAUUAAAUUUUACAUUACCAGAGAAGAACUGGAGGUGGAUAAAUGGUUCUUUUUUAAAACCUGAUGCAUUAAAAAUUACUGGGGAUGCUGAAGAAAAUAACUGUGCUUUAAUUUCGAAGGAAAAAAUUUUUUCUGAGAACUGUGAGGCAGAAAAUAAAUGGAUCUGCCAAAAAGAACUAAAAUCUGUCAGAAAUAAAGUGUGUCCAGACUCUUGACUGUAUAUCCCCUCUCAAUUUACUUCCCAUCACAAGUCUCUGUAAUUUUAACUAUAUAACUAUAUAUACUGUUAAAAUGGUUUAAUAUACAUUUAGUGGCACAAAGUGAGCAAAUAGCACAAAUUCUAAAAUUGUUGUGAAUCUUACAGAAGUUCAUGUCUAAACUAUUUAUUCUAUAAACGAGGCAACAGAUACACAGAGAAGACGUGUACUAUUUUAAGAGACAGAGAUGUUCUGUCGCAAGAAUCCUAGACCAGCUGAGGGGAAUUGGUUUCUACUCCUGGCAUAUAUGCGUAACCUUCAUUGAUACCUUCUAUGCCUUAGCUGAUCUCCAAAAACGUUGUAGUAAACGAUUUCUAAAGUCUUGUGCGUCUCUCAUAGUCUGUGAUUUUUCACAACACCACACAACUGGGUUGUGGCAGAAUAUUAAUUAAAGUCCAUUCUCUUGACUCUUACAUCAGAGACACCUAACUAAAGGAGUUUGGAAAGAAAGCUUACCUCUAGACCCCCAUUCCAAAAUUCUUCCCAUUUCAAUUUUCUCAUUUCUUCUUUAUUUUCAUUCAAUGUCUCUUUUUAUGGCUCACACAUAAUCUGUAGGAAAUAUGUUAUCAAACUUUUCAUUAUUCUAAUGGAAAAUAAGUGAUAUUUUUUCAGUUCUGCAAUUGGGGAAAUGAAGGUAA